UUCUAAUACUUAUCCCGCACCGGGCAAUGCAAAUCGACGCACCGGGCAAUGCAAAUCAAACUGCUCCACUUCUGACUAAACUAUGGGGCGGGGCAAAGCAGAAGUGGAUCGACUAACUACGUGCGUCUUCGUAGGUAUUACCAUACGUUUCAAUUGAACGAGGAAUACGUUCACUCGUUACUUACUGUUCUCAGCUAUUAACGCUUUGAAGAAUCCUCUAUCUGGGUUCAACAUUAACAGACCUCAAUACCCACCAACGGAAAGGGUGAUAUGCCAUAUCAGGCUGUGGGAAUGUGAAGAGACCCCUGGUGGCAUGUCUUGUUGAUGGAGCCCAUGGCUGUGAGCACCUCCGUGGUGGGACCUGAUGAGUUCGACCGCAACAUGCCGCGCAUUUGUGGAGUUUGCGGGGACAAGGCCACUGGCUUUCACUUCAACGCCAUGACCUGUGAAGGCUGCAAAGGGUUCUUCAGACGCAGCAUGAAGCGCAAGGCCAGUUUCACCUGCCCCUUCAACGGCAGCUGCACCAUCACUAAAGACAACAGGCGUCACUGCCAGGCCUGCCGGCUCAGACGCUGUGUGGACAUCGGCAUGAUGAAGGAGUUCAUCCUAACAGAUGAGGAGGUGCAGAGGAAGAAAGAGCUGAUACAGAAGAGGAAGGAGGAGGAGGCAGCGAGGGAGGCCCUUCGACCCAGAUUGAAUGAAGAGCAGAGCCAGGUCAUCGCUUCACUAGUGGAAGCCCACCACAAGACCUAUGAUGACUCCUAUUCCGACUUCUCUCGAUUCAGGCCCCCAGUGAGAGAGGGCCCAGUAACACGCAGUGCCAGUCGUGCCGCCUCCCUUCACUCUCUGUCAGACGCCUCCUCAGACUCCUUCAACCAUUCACCAGAGUCAGUGGACACCAAGCUGAUGAACUUCAGCAGCCUGUUGAUGAUGUACCAGGAUAGUGCAGGCAGCCCAGAUUCCAGUGAGGAUGACGGCUCCAAGCUCUCCAUGCUGCCCCACCUGGCCGACCUGGUCAGCUACAGCAUCCAGAAGGUCAUCGGCUUCGCCAAGAUGAUCCCUGGAUUCAGAGAACUGACUGCUGAGGACCAGAUCGCCCUACUCAAGUCAAGUGCUAUCGAGAUAAUCAUGCUGCGCUCCAACCAAUCGUUCAACCUAGAGGACAUGUCCUGGAGCUGUGGUGGCCCAGACUUCAAGUACUGUGUCAACGACGUUACCAAGGCGGGUCACACUCUGGAUCUGUUGGAGCCGCUGGUGAAGUUCCAGGUGGGCCUUAAGAAGCUCAACCUCCAUGAGGAGGAGCAUGUGCUGCUCAUGGCCAUCUGCCUUCUGUCUCCAGAUCGUCCGGGGGUGCAGGACCAUGCUAAGAUUGAGGUCCUCCAGGACCAUCUAUCGGAGGUGCUCCAGGCCUACAUCAAGGUGAACCACCCGGGAGGACAGCUGCUGUAUGCCAAGAUGAUCCAGAAGCUGGCCGACCUGCGCAGCCUCAACGAGGAGCACUCCAAGCAGUAUCGCUUUCUCUCUUUUCAACCGGAGCACAGCAUGCAACUCACCCCCCUGGUGUUGGAGGUGUUUGGUAGCGAGGUGUCAUAGCAGCCCCUACGACCCCCACAACCACCCCUCUAGUUGGAGGAGAUGGACAUAUGACCCCCAGCGCCCCUCACAUCCCAUGAUGGCCCCCUGGAGUUUAGCUGUUUAGUUGCUGGAGUGGGAUCUCUGCGAUGGGGGAGAUAGAAGGGUCAUUGAGGUGGAUGGAUGAAUGGACCUGAUAGUCACACUGUCACAGAGGAGGUUUUGGGGGGUUACUCAGGAGAUUAUGGGAAAAGAGAGGUAGGAGGGGCCGUUGAUAAGGUUGGAAUUUCCUUAAAAAAAAAGGGAAUUUCAAACAGAAUGUAUUUUGAACUAUAUAUAUAUAUACAUAAAUAUAUAUAUACAUAUAAGCUAAUAUCUAUAUUUAAGAAAGAAAAAAGUUGUUUCUACUAAAACAAAUGGAUGAGAAAUCCUCAGUAUAUUAUAGGAUACUUUGGCCCUAUUUGUGUGCAUAUAAAUGUGUGUAUGUGUUGAUGUUUCAAUUGUUAAAAAUAGAAAAGGAGAAAAAAAAAAAAAAAAAGAAAUGCGCACACACACACACAAGCAUGCAGCACUCACACACACACCCAGAGACACACCCUGAGUAGAGUGUGUGGGGCCUUUUAUUUUUUAUGUUUGUAUGUGAAAAUAUUAAAUGACCACAAGAGGAUGUUGCAUUAUGGCUCUGACCGGGUGCUGUGUGUAGUAGUAGUAGGACUGACAUCUGUGUAAAACAAAUCAGAAUUAAUAGAUUGUCUGAGGUUUUGACUACACACAGGAAGUGUGGAAUAUCUGUUUGGUUCAAUCAUUCCCUUUCAGACUUCUAUGCAUAGUUCCUUUCAAAAAUAUCUUACCUACAUAAGAGGAAAGAGUGGAAAAAAAAAUAUUAGUUGGCCAGCUAAAAAAAGCUAAGUUAAUAUAGGAAGGUGACAAACCAGAAGCUAGGAUGUACACUUUACUAUAUACAUAUGCAAGCUUACAAUCAAGCGAGGGGGAACAAAAGACAAACUGUUGGCACCUCUGGUCAAACCUGUCUGUCAUGAUGUUAUAAUUACUGUAGUAAUUACAAAAGCUUUUUUAAUCAAUUCUGCAGAGCCGAUGCUCGUAAGCCUGAACGAAAUUGAAAUCACAGUAUAACAUAACUGUCACCAGUUUCGGUUUCUUUCAGUAAGUUGAAUGUUCAGCAUGACAUCUCAGGAGCAUUGUCCUCUCCCACAGUGGGCCGCUCUCUCGCCCUCUUGUGGCCAUUGUCUGUAAAUACCACUUGUUAUUGCUGUACAUACAUGGAAAAAGUUGGCAAAUGCAAAGAUAAUUCAGUUGUUCAGAUGAAUGAUAAGGAGAUAUAUGCAAUUAUGAGAUGGACUAUUUUCUUAUGUUGUGAGAUCUCUUUGAGGUCUUGAUAAGCUUUGAGAAGUAUAUAUCCAUAAUUGUUUUGGUGCAAGCUCAUUACUUUGGACUGGUUUUUUUCAAAUGGAGGUUGUUUUUCCAGACAUCAGCGUUUGUUCGCUGCACCCAGACCUCACGAACCGAGGAAACGUUCUGACUCAACUUGCUGCUUUGUAACACUACCAUUCUUUUGGAACUCGGAAAAAGACAACCAACACAAUCAAGUGUUCAUGCUCAUCACUACUAACACUGCCAAACUGUCAUGGAUACAGGCCAGUCAGUCAGUCAUUGUAUCGAUGGCCAUGCCUCUCUUCAAAAUGCCAACCGAUGCCUCUUUUCUGCAAUAGAACAUCAGCCAGACCGGCAGGAGUCUUCAUAGCUUUAACGCGACCCAGGGCUGAUGGGACUGAGUUUGUGAGCCACGGCUUUGAACAUGUCGCUGAUUGGGGCUGUCCCUUACCUAGAAGUGACUGACACUGACAUGUUCCAUCCAGUGAGGAGAGCAUGGAGAGGUGGGAUUUAGCCCUGAGACAGAAAAAGAAGUGUAUAAAUAAUUUAAAUACUUUUUUAGUGAGAAUCACACGAUAGCCAUGUGCGGAGUAUAUAUUAAUGCAUCCUCUUCCCGACCCAGUCAGAUACUUUCUCCGCUUGCAGCUCUUGUCCAGACCCCACUGUGUAAACCAGGUCACUAAGGAAGCAGACAGUUUUUGUGUUUUAUCACAUAAAGGAAUGCAAGAAAGAUGGGGCCAGGGGUUGUAUUGGGAAGAACUCCUUCAAGAGCUCUCGGUUUGUUGUUAAGCUGGCCCAGAGAGACACACACCAGAAACUGCACCCCUUUCCCACCACAGGUCAGCAGCUCAACCUCAGUAGCCUUACAAAACUCUGUUCAACAUUUAACAUAUACCUCAAUGAAACAGAAAACCUUCAUAAUAGCAUAGAAAGGAUCCAAAAGUGACAGUGACACACACACACACACACACACACACACGUCAUACUUUCACACACGCACCAUGAAUUUCUCAUCAGCAACCUCUGCGGUUUUUAGUUUUUUGUCAAGUUGUUUCUUUGAAGAUAAGCUACCUAGAGGGCUGUGUUGCAGGCCCGGCAUGGAGCGAUCCCAUGGUUUUCACAGUGUCUGUCUAUUUUUUUGUGUUGUCAUAGCAAGAUAAUCAUUGGGAAGAGUGUGGCUGCAAAGGUCCGCAUAGAAAAGGAAGCAUCAUACAGAGUCAGAAUCAAUGGUUCCCUGUUGCUGCUGUGUCAAAAGUCUAGUCCUGAUCAGUAUUUUAAUUGAAGUGUACGCGAUGCAGAGGAUUUACUGUAUUGAUUUGUUUCAUGCAGUCGCCAUGGUUGAGUGCCUUUUCAGGUUUAUUAACUGAACCUGGAUUGGUGAAUAAUAUACGUUUGUUGUGUAAUUAUAACGCUGAGAUCAGUGAAGAGUCCUGAUAAGGCACAGCUCACUGUGGCCCUCUGCGUGUUGGCCUGUAUGGUGGCAGGGAAUCAAGCUCAAUCCCCAAUCCCUGUUAGUUGAUUGUGUACAGAGUUGUGUCUCCAGGCACUAUGUUAACCAAAACAACCUACCUCUCCUAUCCGCACAUUGUGUAUUUUUGGUAUGAUUGUUUUCAUUUAUUUUUACACUAAUACAUUUUAUUUAUUCCUUUUACUUUUCAAAUGCUGGAUGAUUUACCUCAACACAUCUCAAAAUAAGCCUACAGAUCAAAAGGAGGCUGUGGCCACUCCAUAUCUCUGAGUGCCAGGGGGCUGAAGUGGCUCCUUGUUUAAUUAAGUGCAUUCUUGCAUUUAUGCUAACAAAUGGGAUUGGACAGCAUGCAGCUGGAAUGUUAUGACAGCACAUCCUCACGAUAGAGGCCUCAGUUGGCGUCAAUUAGUGUUCUGCAUCGUAACUGUGUGAUGACGUAGUGUAAAGAUUUAUGAAAUGUUUUCUGAAACGAUUAUGUCGGGAUCCUGUUUGAUGUCUUGGUCUUGCAUCAUCUUUGCAGCCAGCUGGUCAGUCGCCUUCUCAGUUUGCCUGCAACUCAGUGUUCUACUGUCCCUCUUACUCUUAGCUCACUAGGCUUCCCCUCUUGGUCUUUGAUUACUUCUUAAAUAGAGUUUCUGUUUUCCUUUGGAUAGAGAGAGGAUGUUGGUGUGAGGCUCUCUGAAGAGAGAAGCCUGUCGAGGUUCUAGUGUGUAGUUACAUUAAUGCUGCUCACAGUUUAGGAAUCUUUUCUUUUCACUCUGAUUGUUCUCUGCUACCUCUUUUAAUAUGCGCUUGCUCACGCACACAUGCACAUAUACAUACCACAACCACAUACAGUACUGCAGUGGGUUAGGGUUAACUUCUCUUUAACCAGCAUUCUUUGCCAAUGAUGUACUUGUGUUUGUCUCUGUGCUCUGACGUCUGUCUGAAAUCUAUUAUUGAUCUAUUUAUAUCAAUAUAGCGACCCUGCAAAGAUGGAGGUAUAGCAGGGUCAUUAACAGUUUGUCUAUUAACAUUUAAUGCAACUUUUAGCUCAGUUACCUUGGUGUGCCUACAACCUGGAGCCUUAUUUUGGGACAGUAUCAGGGGUUAAAUAAAAUUAAGGAUUUUUGUUAUUUUUUAUUUCGAGUCAUUGUUCAGGUGGCUUUUCAAAACGACAUUCCUUUUAUUGUUAUUAUAACAUGCCAUCAGCUACCAACUUCUGAGUAGAUCAUCUAAAGUGCUCAACAGAUCCACUCGACUAAAAAGCUUCAGAUUUUUAAAGAUGAACCUCUCUUUGGCCAGAUGCCUUGAAACAUAGUUAAUGCUUUAAUUUCAGUGGUUGAGAUGUACAUAAGAUGAACAUAACCUGUAUAUACUGUAGACAUCAUGUCAUUAGUACAUUGCUCUACAUAGGGGAUCUGAUUCAGUAAAGGUGUUUUCACCUUUUUUGUCUAUCACACAAGACUAUAGUGUGUGUGAAAAUAGGUGAGCUGCUUGAGAUGCUGGAACUACCACAUCUGGCACCAACCAUCAUACGAGGGUCAAAGUUAGACCACUUUGACCCAAUAUAGUCUAUGUUUACCCUGUCUAAAACAGUUGGGUCACUAUGUAACGGGGUUGUCACUGGAAUGAAAGAAUGAAAGGAGAUUUUCUGAAUCUGUACUGCUUUAUUUCAUUUGGAUGCCAGUAAGUAGUUGUUAACGAGCCCUGAUAGUCUUUGAGUUCUCCAUUCUAUGUAUUAUUUUUUUAUCCUGAUGCCUUCUCAAGUGUAUCGAGUUAAUAAUAAAUUAAUAAACCAUCAGCAUCCAAAUUGAUCUUGUGCACAGUUGGUCCAAAGAUGCCACAUACACUGGCGUUCUAUUAAACUAUUUGGAUAUAUGGAAUCUUGUUGACUGUUACUUGUGAUAGCCAAACCAUUUCUCAUUAGUAAUCAAUCAUUGUAUUGAUCUCAGAGUCCCAAGAUAAGUAUGUUUAAACAUGCGCACCAUGUAAUUCUUGACCUGAUGCUUCAGACUGUCUUUCAACAUGGUCUUUGCAUUGUUAAUUCUAUCAAUUCUGUCAUGGAUAGUUCAAUCGCCACCUGUUUUAUGAUUCUCUUUUGACAUUUCUUUUAUUCUUCUGGUUUUGAUCCAUUGCACAUUGAUGAUGUGCAUUGUAAGUAGUAUAUCAUGUUUUGGAAAAUCACAAAUAAACCGCUGUACAUAAUGAUGCAAAGA